AUGUAUCCCUACGGACCGCAGCAAAAAGAUAAUGAAUUUGGUCCAGACGAUUCUCCUUAUUACUAUUCCGACCACUGUCUGAGGAUCAACACUGACUGGACUGGAAUUCCGUUUUUCUCUGAGAGGCAUUACAAGCUAUAUAUUUGUCGAAAUGGUCUAAUCCAGUUGGAUUUUGAGUGGAGCUGGUGGUGGCCUCGAAAAUUUGGUAUCUACUGGUGGUUGAGAAACAUGGGUAUUAUUGCGCCCUUCUGGGCCGUAACCGAUACUUAUCUGCCCUUUAAAUACAAUCAUUCAAAGGUGUAUUAUCAAGUGUACAGCCAAACCCAAAAUAAGUCUUCUGAAAUUCUUGAUUUGGCUACAAGGCAUGUACAGGAUUACAUCGAAGGAUUUGGAGACUUUCGGGCCAGCUGGGUCCUUGUUGUGACCUGGGAAAAGCUCUGUCCAUAUUCCUACUAUUCAUACUACUACUACAGCAAUGAGCAGAAUUUUCAGCUGAAUUGUCCUCGAAGUAACACAUUCCAAGCUGUCCUAAUAACGAAUGGGUUUAACGCAUUUUUGAUGUAUAACUACCCCUCCAAAGGAAUACAGUGGCUGGUUAAGACAGAUCCGGAGUAUUACCGUUACUGGACCGACUUCUAUGGUCUUCCUGUGGCCGGCUGGAAUGCAGGAAACGAUGGCAAAAAUUUUGUCAACCUGAAAGGGUCUGGUACAUUUGGAUUGAGUGACCUCGAUAAGGAAGUAGGAAACACAGGUCUGGUGGGAAGACACUUUUGGAGAAUUGAGAACAGCGACGGACAAGGUGCACUGGAGAAAUGCUUGAGUUGGGUCAUACAAAAUAAAGCCUGGAAAUUCCUCGAACGGUAUAACGAACUCAUUAAAUCAGACUCGGAAAUGGCUUGCCCAUGUACUGGGUGGCAGGCAAUAUUCGAUUGGGGAAGAUUUCGGUGGAAUUGGUGGAACUCAUGGCCAGAAUUUUGUUUUGAGUCCAGAAGUUUCAGGAGCUUUAAAAUCAACACCACGAGUGGACCAUUAGAUUUUCAGUUGAGACAAAAGUGUUGUUACUCCACAGAUUGGCAAGACUGGGGAUCCCUUAAACGCGGACCCCCUGACGGAGGACGCGUUGAUGUGACAUUCCGCUAUGACUCAAACAAUAGCUUCUACACAGAUGAGCAAGCUUACAAGUCUUGCUGCGUCGACACACUCAACUGUCGUUUAUUUUAUGAUUUACGUCCGUCCGAUAGCUGCUCAAACUACGUACCUCGACCUAGACGAUGGUUCUGGGGCGAUCCUCAUAUCAAAACACUGGACGGUGGAAAUUAUACCUUUAAUGGUCUUGGUGAAUACACUAUGGUAGAUGCAAAAAAUGGGACAUUUAAACUUCAGGCCAGAACAAAACUUGCUCAAGGAAAUUCAACCACAGCGACCAUCUUCUCAGCAGGAGCUGCUAAAGAAGGAAAUUCGAGCACCAUCGAGGUUCGAGUGAAAGACGGAGGUGGCUUCGAUAUUUUGAUAGACAGUGCAUCCUAUGAUGGCUACAACGAUUUAACAAAUCAAAGUGUGGACGUUGGUGGAAAUCUUUCUUUCUCAAAACCAAAGGAAAACUGUUUGCAAGUCUCUUUUCUGUCGACAUCGUCAGUGCAGUUCUGCGAGAAAAAGGAAAUGAUGUCCUUUGUUGUAACUCUCGGAAACGACUUUAAAAACGCUACAAAAGGAUUGUUGGGAACGUGGAACGGUGACCCUAAAGAUGACUUCACAUUGCCUGAUGGGACGGUUCUACCAUCGUCAUCAACACUGAGCGAGAUUCACUUUCAUUUUGGUGUUAAAUGGCAAAUCAGCCAAUCCCAGUCUCUCUUCACUUAUGCUAAUAACGAAAGCGUGGCCACCUUUUCGAAACUCGAUUUCAUGCCCAUGUUUGCUGAUAACAUCACGUGGCAUAAUGACAGUCUAAAACAGAAAGCUGAAGCACAAUGUGGAGAUGAUCACGAAUGUCUGUUUGACGUGGCUUCCACCAAAGACUUGUCUAUUGGUUCGGCAACCAAAGAAAUUAGCGUUCAGCUGGUGAAUGACACCAAAAAACUCAACAACUUUCCACCCAAGAUAGUAAACACUUCCGAAGUAAUAAACGUCACACUUCACGAAAUAGUUGAACUGAAUAUAACAGCUGUGGACGAUGGCCCUAUCACGUUUCGAGUGACUAACAAACCUGUGGGAGCCACUUGGAACCAAACUGGGGCCGUUCUGUUAUUUUACUGGAAUGUUACUUCAUCAAAGAAGUUCAGUCUGACUUUCGUUGCUGUCGACGACCAAGAUGCCAGCGCCAUUUGGAGUCCGACCAUUAAAAUGUGCGCCUGCCAACAUGAUGGUCAGUGCGUAGAACCAGAAGAAGGCGACGCAAAUAAUACUGACAGCAAGUUUAUAUACAUGAGCUGUGAAUGUCAGGGAGGUUAUACAGGGAGGUUCUGUGACAGGGACAUUGAUGCCUGCGAAGUGAAUGGUCAGCCGUGUUACGCUGGAGUUGAUUGCACUGAUCGUCCUCCACCUGCUAAUUCCAGUGGAUAUAUAUGUGGACCCUGUCCAUCAGGGCACACUGGUGAUGGAAAUAAGUGUGUAGAUAUUAACGAAUGCCAAAGAAGUAACCCGUGCAAGCAGAAAUGUGUAAACGUUCCAGCUUCUUUUUUCUGUGAUUGUGACAAUGGAUACAAGCUGAACGAUGACGGGCGCAGCUGUGGUGAUAUCAAUGAAUGCCUUCCGACUAAUGACUGUAUGCAGAAAUGUGAUAAUAGUGUGGGAAGUUAUAACUGUUCAUGUGACGAAUAUUUUAAAACUGACCCAACUGAUUGGAGGAAGUGUGUUGCUAAAGAUCCAUGUACUUCUGUUCAUGGCUGCAGUCAUGUUUGCUUUAAGGGAAGCAGCGGGAGAGCAACUUGUGCUUGUUAUGCUAAUUUCGAGCUGCAAAGUGAUGGAAAGACAUGUAAAGACAUCAAUGAAUGUGAUCCAGCUAAAAAACUCCAUCGUUGCAGUCAGACUUGUAUAAAUACCGAAGGAAGUUAUAAAUGUUCGUGUACGGAAGGUUAUGAGUUGAAGGAAGACGGCUAUGAGUGUGAAGAUAUUAACGAGUGUCUGAAUGAUGACUUGUACAAUUGCACGGAUAAUUUCCACAAGUGCGUCAAUACUCGGGGCUCUUACAAGUGUGAAUGUGAUCAAGACUUGUACUUCAUUGAUGGAAAAUGCAAAGGUUUGGAGAAAAAUCAGGAACCCCCCAAGCAACCACCGCCUAAACCAAAGAACGCAUCAGAAAACGAAAAGGAACAGGCUGUUCAGUUUUCAAUUCCAAGUCGGGCUGAAUGGGAUCUUAACAGAGACAAGAAUUUUAAAGAGGUUUUGGCGAGUGUCGCAUCAAAAUUCUGCCGUAAGAACAGGACAAAAUGCGGACUUAAAAAUGCAAGACGGAAGAGACGUUCUCUUUACGACAUUUACACGGCUGACGAAGUUCAUCUUUUGCCUGGUUACCCCAAGAACUCAUCAGACUCUCUCCAGGUAGCAUUUUACGUAAAGCAGCCUGCUGGUGGUUUCAUCGGAAAUAACUCAGUUCUUCAUCGUGACACCUUGGUUGCCAUUAUAAUAACUCACAAGAGUGACAUCGAGAAAGCCAUUGGAGCCAACAUCACUGAUAUAGAGACUUUAUUCAAACCCAGCACAACUACUGAGUCACCAACAGCGGGACCAGCUGAGCCAGCAGACGAUGAUUGGAAAUGGAUUGUUAUUGGUGUAGUUAUUGGUGUGGUGGUUAUCAUCCUGAUUGGUUUGCUAAUAUUCUGCAUAAGGAAAAGAAAACGUGAUGUGAAACCUAUAACAGACCCGUCUCAGGAGGGCAUUGCUGCGCAACAGUCAGGACUGAAGAAGGAAAACAGUUUUGAGAGUGGUUCCCACUCAGCAUAAUUGGUUGUUCAAAACGCAAUCUUGUUUUGUGGGUUAAUCUAUUUUGCGCCGACGACCGUUAAGAGUGUAUAACAUUGCGAGUAAAUACAGGGCUAUGUUAUAGUGUGUUAAUGACACAGCUCGUUAGAUUUUUUUCUCCUUUUUAGAAACGAGUUAACCUCAUUUUUAUCAGUUUUCUACUUAGAGCUAUGUAAGCUGUCGUAUUCUACGUGUUUUCAAAUUUAUUUGGUGCAAACUGAAAGACUUCAAGUCUGAAGGUAUAUGAGCACGCAUUAAGUCGCGCAGCAAGCCCAGAUUUUCAUUGCAUGUCACUGAGUCGUCUCGAUUAAGGCUGAGUGACCUCACCCCUCAGUGUAAUCACAUCGUCUUUAGACUCAUUGUCCCCCUCCACUUCUCCUUAGACCAUGUGAUCCCCGUCAAAUUUUCCUUCCCUCCCCCAGGCAAUAAAUAAUGACUUUACUGGUCCCUAAGCGAACUAUUUUUUGACCUUAAUCCAAGCUAUAACAAAGUUCUCGAAUGUGAUUGGUUAUCACCACCAAAAAAACUUUUAUGAGCACUAGUUGGACAAUAAACGUGUCAUGCUUGUAAUAGGACGGUUAAAGGGACAGUUAACGAAUAAUGUAUGUGUAAGUGGACAGAACAGGUCACGUGCGCGUGCUGUUGUCUCGCGUUUUCCCGAGUUAAUCAUGUUAAUCACUCGUUUGAUUACAGACCGAAUUCGCUCGGUCCUAUUACCAUUAUUAAUUAUUUUUCUUUUUUUAUGAAAACGUAUAACUAUGUCUAGUUCCAUUCUCACAUUUUGUCAUACUUUUGAUUAAUUGGUUCAAUUCUGUCUACAACUUUACUCGUGAUUAACAAAUCGGACUCCUCACGGUCGUCCGAUUUUGUAAAUCACUCGUAUGAUUAGAGACCGGAUUGGACUCCACUUGGUCCUAUUAAUUGCCAAUAUUUAUCCCUGCGCAAGGAAAAAAAAGGCAGGGCAAACUACACGACAACAGCAUUGACAAGCAUUGGCCUGCAACAGUAUUUUAAAUUUUUUUCCCUGAAAUUCGAUUAUUUAACACAUUUUUAGCCAACCAUAACGAACGUUUUAAGCAUUGUAUUUUGCGUUCUUGCAUGUAACUUAUCAAUAAAGUUUUGAUUUGUUUCUACAA